UUCUCUGCUAAUUCGUUUUUUUUUUUCCGGCUUAUUGCCAAUAUUCUUCUAAUAAGCCCAGAUUGCUGCUUCCAAUCGUGACCCAUCAAAUUACUUGGUGCGUCGAAAGUGCACUUAAUUUUCAUAGCUCUUCUCUAACACAUCAUGGUCUUUUUCCGUCGGCAACACAUCCGGAGAAAUUUUACAUUUUUGGCUGUCGCCGGAGAGGAGACGAAGGAUAAUCUUCGUCAUCUAAAUACAAAACUCAAACCUUCAAACCUGAAUACCCAUUUCUCAAAUAAUGUAGAUUUACCCAAAGCUAACAACGAGUUGAAACUAUUAGUGAGAACCGGUCACUUGAAAGAUGCACGCGACAUGUUCGAUCAACUGCCUCAAAGGGAUGAGGUUUCAUGGACCAAUAUUAUUUCUGGGUAUGUUAAUGCCUCAGACUCCUCUGAAGCCUUGCUUUUGUUCUCAAAGAUGCGACUUCAGUCUGAGCUCCGAAUUGAUCCCUUUCUACUUAGUCUUGGUCUUAAGGCUUGUGGGCUCGGUUUGAAUUUUUUUUAUGGUACAAACUUGCAUGGGUUUUCAGUCAAAACAGGUCUAGUCAACUCUGUUUUCGUCGGUAGUGCUCUUCUCGACAUGUAUAUGAAAAUUGGAGAAAUUGGGAGAAGUUGUAAAAUGUUUGAUGAAAUGCCGACAAGAAAUGUGGUGACUUGGACAGCAGUUAUAACUGGGCUUGUUCGUGCAGGGUAUAGCGAGGACGGGCUAGCUUACUUUUCUGAAAUGGGAAGGUCAAAGGUCGAAUAUGACUCAUAUGCAUAUGCUAUAGCAUUGAAGGCCAGUGCUGAUUUAGGCGCACUAAAUCAUGGAAGAUCAAUUCAUACACAGACACUUAAGAAAGGAUUUGAUGAGAACUCCUUCGUGGCCAAUUCGCUGGCCACCAUGUAUAACAAAUGUGGUAAGCUAGAUUAUGGUUUGUAUAUGUUUGGAAAGAUGAGGACUCCAGAUGUCGUUUCAUGGACGACAAUUGUAGCAACAUACGUUCAAAUGGGUAAGGAGGAAUGUGGGCUUCAAGCAUUUAAAAGAAUGCAGGAAAGCAAUGUGAUUCCAAAUGAAUAUACAUUUGCUGCUGUUAUCUCUGGUUGUGCUAAUCUUGCAAGGUUGAAGUGGGGGGAACAACUACAUGCUCAUGUUUUACGUGUCGGGUUUCGGAAUGCUUUGUCAGUUGCUAACUCUAUCAUGACCAUGUACUCAAAAUGUGGGGAGUUAGCUUCAGUUUCAAAGGUAUUUUGUUCAAUGAAUUUUAGGGAUGUGAUUACUUGGAGCACUAUAAUUGCAGCAUAUUCUCAAGUAGGCUAUGGCGAAGAAGCUUUUGAGUAUUUGUCACGAAUGAGAAGUGAAGGACCGAAACCAAAUGAGUUCGCCUUGGCUAGCGUGCUGAGUGUAUGUGGAAGUAUGGCGAUUCUCGAGCAAGGGAAGCAAUUGCAUGCUCAUGUUUUGUCUGUUGGGUUAGAACAGACAUCCAUGGUAUGUAGUGCUCUUAUUAUUAUGUAUGCAAAAUGUGGGAGCAUCGCGGAAGCUUCUAAGAUCUUUAUGGACUCAUUGAAAGAUGAUGUCAUUUCAUGGACAGCUAUGAUCAGCGGGUAUGCUGAACAUGGACAUAGCCAAGAAGCCAUUGAAUUGUUUGAAAAUAUCCAAAAGGUUGGUUUAAGACCAGACUCCGUGACCUUCAUUGGCGUCCUUACAGCUUGUAGCCAUGCAGGAAUGGUUGACCUUGGUUUCCACUACUUCAACUCAAUGAGCAAAGAUUAUCACAUCACUCCUUCAAAAGAACACUAUGGAUGUAUGAUUGAUCUUCUCUGUCGAGCAGGACAAUUACGUGAUGCAGAGAGCUUGAUUAGAAGCAUGCCAUUUCAAGGGGACGAUGUUGUCUGGUCUAUUUUGCUGAGGGCAUGUAGAGUCCAUGGUGAUGUUGAUUGUGGACAACGUGCUGCUGCUGAAGUUUUGAAGUUAGAUCCAAAUUGUGCUGGGACUCACAUAACGUUAGCAAACAUUUUUGCUGCCAAGGGAAAGUGGAAGGAAGCAGCAAAUAUAAGAAUGUUAAUGAAAUCAAAGGGGGUGGUUAAGGAGCCAGGUUGGUCUUCGAUAAAGAUCAAGGAUAGUAUUUUCGCAUUUGUUGCUGGAGAUCGUUCACAUCCACGAGGAGAAGACAUAUACAGUAUGUUGGAGGAGUUGGCUUCAGGAACGGAAAUCUAUAUUCUUGAAUUGGACCAUUUAGUAACUGAUAUGGAAGAAUAACAAAAGAUUGAUUUGUACAUACUCCAAUUUUGACCGACUGUUGUCUCCUUGAUGCCUUUACUUCUUAGAAGUGAAAUCACGGACUGCAGCUGGGAUCACGUUUGACUUUUAAGAAGUGAAGAGGUGGCUCAUGAAGGUGCUGGUACUCUUUUGAGAAUUCUGUUAAAUCAAUUGUGAUACUUAUGCAUUUGGUUUGAAUUAGCAAUGUCAAAGGUGAAGGGUCCAGUACAUGGAGGUUAUUUUUCAGAUCGUCAUCUUCUUGAAGGACUUGUGGAGAUUUUGAGAAAGGUAUGUGAUUCAACAUAACCUAUAUUUACCAUUAUUAUACCUAAUGGUGGAAGAAUAUGACUUGUCACGUGAAAACCUUGUUCAGGAACAGAUACUUGCACAAGCAUAUUGGCGUUGCCUAAAAUUUGAUCUUGAAGCUGGAUACUAUUUUUAAAAAUUAUACUUAAAAUGAUCUUACAGUAAUUGGUCUACUACCUCUCUCUCUCUCUUGCUGAUAUUGCCUUCCUACACAUUGUUAUAAUUUAGGCUGCUUCCAUCAGAUAAAUGAAGCAACUAAGAACGAGGGGAAGUAAAAUAGAACUGCACUGUAGCAGCUGAUGUAGCAUAUGGAUUUCAAACUAGUGAAUGUUGGAAACUUUAUAGAGAUUUGUACUCUUCAAAGAUCUUUCAUAAAUAUAUUUACGCCUAAUUUCUUCCUUCCUAUAAGCCAUUGAAUGAUUCGAUCAGUUUUCUAUUCUAAAGACAAAAAAGAAAAAUCUACACCCUAUCUUUUAUAUGGACACAAUUGUCAUCUCACCAUAUCAAAAGGUGAAAUCAGCAGUUGUAUUCAAUUAUCCAAGCACCUGUUUGCCUCGAGAAAGAGACCUUAAGGAUUCCAUCCAAUUGAGGCAUGUAGCAUAAUACCGUGCACGUGACUACAACUAUUUAUCAUCCCUGAAUCAAUUGUUUAAUACAUAUAUAACGAAGCCUAUACAGAAUCAAGAAGCUUCCAAGACCACAACAACUUGAACUCACAAAUUUGCUGAAAAAGCUUCACUAACCACAGCCUUCCAGAACAAAUACCAUAAAAUGGCGAAGAAACCACCCAAUAUAGAACCUAUCAAAACUUGGCUGAAAGUAUGGAGCUUCCGUGAGACUCGUAGCCACGACUGACUGAGAUUGAUGCUGUCAGCACAAAGAGAUCAGUUGUUUAACAUUCUUAUUUCUAAAAGAAGUCUGUUGUUUCUGUCUCUGAUUCAUACUCCCUACGUGCUCACUCUGGAGGUGAAUGUGAGAUCCGAAGGACAAUGUUGGAAUUACUUAAUCAGUUGGAUGGUUUUGAUUCAAGAGGAGAUGUUAAAGUGAUACUUGCUACAAACAGAAUCGAAAGUGCCGAUCCAGCUUUGCUUCGACCAGGCCGAAUAGAUAGGAAGAUUGAGUUUCCGUUGCCUGAGAUACACACAUCGAGGAUGACAUUAGCAGAUGACGUCAACUUAGAGGAAUUUGUAAUGACCAAAGAUGAAUUCUCUGGGGCUGAUAUAGAGGCCAUAUGUAUUGAAGCUGGGCUGCUUGCUUUGAGAGAACGGCAUAUGAAGGUCACACAUGCCGACUUCAAGAAGGCAAAGGAGGAGAUUAUGUAAUAUGUAUAAGAAGACGGCGUGCCAGAAGGCCUAUAUAUGUGAUGAAGAUUAUUGAUAGUGUGCUUGAAAGGAAACUACUCAAAGAAAUGUCUUCUUUCACAUUAUGGAGUUGGAAAUACUCUCUGUUCUCAGAUUUUAAUCUAUAUAUAUGUAUUUUUCCAUUCUGAAGCUAAUUUGUUAGCAGCCUUUGUUGGAUAUGUAUUUCCUUUGUUCUCCAAACUCUUCUACUUGUUUAGAACUCGAAAGCAUCAAUUUUGAAGAUAAUCAGAAAUCUCU